AACGUAUUUGGGUCAACUUUCAAUCGUGGGGAAUCUUCAGCUGGUACAGAACACCAAGAGGCACACGACUCGACUGAUCAAGGGAAUCAAACUCCGGCAGGUUGUUUGCAUCAUCUUGACAUCAGCAAUGGGACCCUGCGAGCCAGAGUACUUGGUUCCUAUUCCAAGGGACGGCCAUCUUGAAUUGUACUGCAACAUCAGCAUCGGUUUUCUGGUGUCGUGCGCAUACAACCGGGUGCUUAUCCUGGGCUGCUGCGUGUUUGCGUUCCUGGCCCGCAAGGUGCCAGACAACUACAACGAGUUCAAGUUCAUCGGAGUCAGCGUGUACUCGACACUUUUGGCGUGCCUGGCGGCCAUACCAGUGUACUCCACCGCCCAAGAUGCCUCACAGAAGGUUGCUGCAUUCUGUCUGGCUGUGCUGCUUAACGCCUACCUAACCGUGGCUUGUGUCUACAUCCCCAAGCUGUACGCCAUACGGUUUAUUAGCCCGCCUUCAUCAACCGACAAUCAUGCGUUGACAAAUGGAGCGCAUACUCCCAACACUCAGUCCACAAACACCCGCGUGCAUCCCAUGGCAGCUCUCUGGGCCGAUAAAACAGGAAGGGUUCAAGCAAACCCUCUGAGGGAGUAGGUUGGACUACACAACUAGCUUACGCCUCUUCUCGUAUUGUUCCACAAAUAUCUUACCGCACGCGUUAAAACCGUACUAAAUAUUAUUAAAUUUGCACCCUCACAAAAGCUAGCGCCAACUUUUUUUUAGUUCAAGCAAAAAAAGAGAGGCUUGAAGUAAUGUUUAUUUUAUCCGAUCGUUUUAGUAAAAUCAUUUCACUGCAUUUCACUGAACAGUGACUUUAUUGUAUUACUUUCUUUUCCUUUGACUUGUACAUUUCUGUGCCGUCUUUAAAUAUCACAAACUGCGUCUUUAAUACAGCAGGUACAAAUUUGAUUAAUUAGAACAGCUUGGGGACCCAAAGGAUGUAGAGUAAGUAGCAGAGAUAUAAAAGCAAAACCAACCAACUGAACCCAAACAAAGCAAACACAAAACCUCUCUUGGUGUCCCUUUCUUACACAGUUGGAUUCCUUCUUCUCAUUACGACGUCUCUUUAAGCUGAGCAUUUUAACGUUAAUAUUAACACCAGCUUAUGAUACCUUUAAACACGAAUUAAACAUCUAUUUAUGCUUGGCAUAUAACAGUAAUCUUGUAUACAACGUGCCGAAAGCCAGACAUAUUUCGAGUUGUUUGUACGGCGGAUAUCAAUCAGCACAGAAAUGAGCCAAUAAAACUGACGGAAAGAUGAAAGGACAACACAAACUGCUUUCCAUAAUGAACGAUGUACUGAAUAUUACAACUAUACAGUGCCCAACCAUUUCCAAAAUAAAACCGUGUGCACGUAACUUAGAUUUGAGGUCUCCCACAAUAAAUUGACUUUAGGAGUUAUUUAUUGUUCAUUUAGGUUUGUAUUUUCUUGUGGUGUGGGACUGAUCGUCGUUGACGUAACAUAAUGCUGAGCCGUGAUACAACUAUUAAAUACGCUGAGAACACAGACUUGAAGGGGGAUAGGCGCGCCUUCAUGUCCGUGUUUAUCCGCGUCUCCUUUCAGUAAGUGAAAAAUUUGUAUUUUGAAGCACGGCUUUUUGUCCAUGAACAACAUAAAUGGUUUGAUUUUGGAGUCAUGUGAGGAUUGUACCUUCAAAGACUCUAGGUGCUCCACCAAUGGACGGCACAAAGUGCAGGGAAUUUAUGCUCCAAACUGACGAAGGGUAAUGCACGAUGUCGUCUAGGGACUAGCAUAGGACUGGAUGUGCUGCACAACAAUUACACAAGGGGAUUCGAACCCACGGUUACCGUGACCUUUGAUAAAAAGAGUUGCAGUUUCUUGCAUUGUGUCGUUACGAUUCUACCUGGAAGAAAACAAUUGACAAAUC